AUGGAUCCUAAUUUCGAAGAUGCUAAAAAGGCUGCUUCCAAAGCAAUAAAAUAUGAUAGUGAAAAACAAUUUGAAAAGGCUUUGUGUUGGUAUGAGGUUACUAUUAAAUUUCUCCAUAAGUUACUCACACACACUAAUGUGUCCUCAAAGCUAAAUGAAUAUCAAGAUAGAAUCAAAGUUUUAAAAGCACUUGGGAGAGAAGAGAAGAUCCAGGUGUGCCUCACUACACUACACUCGGCAAAAACCGCUUACUCGAUUAACUUUUACGACGCUUUUAACGUCCACGGCAUCGAUGGGAUAGGAGUCAAGAAUAUUCUCGGUAUAUCUGGUCCUAUCGAUUAG